GUACAAGGACAGUAAUUGGGUCCCACACAUCAUCGCCACUUUUGUUGGACUCCGUCAAGCCAGUCAUCACAUCCGAUGGGCUGGAUAUUACUGUGAGAAGAAAACUGAAUAAAGCGCAUGCUAUCUUGAUGGUACUCUCGUGGUUGUUCUUCGUCCCAACCGGCAUGAUGUUUGCGCGAUUCCUCAGGGAUUUCUGGUCUGGCACAAAGCCGGGAGGCCUCACCGUCUGGUUCCAC